GGGGUUUAAUUACGUAGUAAAUCAAAGGAGUGGAGCUAGCAUACAAUGAGGGUUCAUCUCAACUUUUUUGGACAAAAAAUUAUACUAUUUAUACCUGAUUAAAAUUAGUUUGCAUGUAUACAUAGUAAAUGUUGAGCUCUAAACACCCUUCAGUUAGUUCGUGUGUAUACUUUUAAACCCCUUUAUAAAAUUUGUGAUUCCUAAUAAGUUGAGAGUUCAAAUAACUUAAAUCAUUAGGUGGAGACUGGAGUGAGGAAAAAAUCCUUUAUAAACAUAGACAUUAUCCUAGCUUAGUUGACAACUCCAAAAACUCAUCUCCUUUAGUUCCCUGUUCCAACACAAAAACCAUAGUAAAACAAACACACACAUCAAAAUGGAGAAUUCCAUCCAAAUGUUUGAUGUAAUAGUGAUUGGAGCAGGUAUAAUGGGUAGUUGCACGGCUUAUCAAACAUCAAAACACAACCAAAAGACACUCCUUUUAGAGCAAUUCGAUUUCUUACACCAUAGAGGUUCUUCCCAUGGCGAAUCAAGAACCAUACGUGCAACUUACCCCGAAGAUUACUACCCGAAAAUGGUCUUAAAAUCUGAGACCCUUUGGAGAGAAGCUGAAGAAGAAGUUGGAUACAAAGUCUACUUCAAGACUUCACAGUUUGACUGUGGACCUUCUGAUCACAAAGCUCUUAAAGCUGUCAUAUCGAGUUGUGAGAAAAACUCAAUCCCUUUUCGAGUUGUUGAUCAUCACACAGUCGUUCAAGAAUUUCAUCAAUUGAUCCAAUUGCCUGAGAAUUCAAUAGGUGUUGUUACUGAGUAUGGUGGUGUUAUUAAGCCUACAAAAGCAGUGUCCAUGUUUCAAACACUUGCUAUCAAGAAUGGUGCAUUCUUGAAAGACAACAUGGAAGUUGUUGAAAUCAACAAAGAUAGUUUAAGAGGGGGUGUUUUGGUUAGUGUGAAAAGUGGUGAGGAGUUUUGGGGUAAAAAAUGUGUUGUGACAGUGGGUCCAUGGAUGAAAAAGUUAGUUGAAAAUGUGUCAGGAGUUGUACUUCCAAUUCAACCUUUGGAGACAACUGUGAUGUAUUGGAAAAUUAAACAAGGGUAUGAGUCAAAAUUCACUAUUGAUAAUGGUUUUCCAACUUUUGCUAGCUAUGGUGAGCCGUACAUAUACGGCACACCGUCGCUUGAGUACCCGGGAUUGAUUAAAAUUCCGGUGCAUGGUGGGCGCCCCUGCAAGCCGACUGAAAGGACCUGGGCGCCCACAGUGACUCUGGAUCCACUCAGAAAGUGGAUCCAUGAGGUAUUCGGAGGCCUCGUGGACUCCACAAGGCCGGUCAUGACGCAGUCGUGUAUGUACUCCCUGACCCCGGACGAGGAUUAUGUGAUUGAUUUUCUUGGAGGGGAGUUUGGUGAGGAUGUAGUGAUUGCUGGUGGAUUUUCUGGGAAUGGGUUCAAAAUGGGACCAAUUGUGGGGAAAAUUUUGGCUGAUCUUGUUAUGGAUGGAGAAACAAAAGAUGUGGAGUUAAUGCACUUUAGAAUUGAGAGAUUUGAGAAGAAUCCUAAAGGGAAUUUGAAGAACUUUGAUGAUCAAGUGAGUUCAGCACAUUAAUUAAGUGAAACAUAUCAUAAUUUAUUUGUCUCUUCCAUUGGUAUUAUGUAAUAGUACCUAUUGUAUUAUCUUAUCAAGUGAUGUUAUGUCUUGAUCUUUUAUAUUGGAUUGUUGUUGGGAACUUUUAGUGAAAAGAAUAUUGUAAAUUGUUCUAAUGUCCCAAAAUUUUUAUCUACUACUUGUACUUUUCAA